AUGGCCAUAAGAAAUCUACGACUUACCAAUUCUGAAUUAUGGGACGAGGAACUGGAAAAACCAACUAAGCUAUGUCUUGGAAGCGGACAUCCAGAAGAAGCAAUUCAACGAAACAUACAGAUCGUGAUGAGCAGAUGGUUGGACAGGGCUUAUGAAAGGAAAACAAGGGACACAAAUGAAAAACUAUGGAUGUCUAACCGGCUGCAAAUCGCUUUGGAAGAGGAAAACAUCAGCGAGAAUUUCACAAGCUGCCUGGGCAGACUUGACGAUUCAGCAAGGACAACCAAGAGAAGACAAGUAUAUGUUUUCAACAACAGGAAGAGACAUCGCCAAGAAAUGGAUCCCGAGGGACAAAUGGAAGUCAAGAAAAUGUGA